UUUAUCUAAUGACACAAUUUCACAGGCUAGUCAUCUCAGAAUGUGUAUAUUACGACCUCUUGGGGUAUAAAAUGGCAAUACACUCCUUUGUUUUACAUUUUCAAGAGCGCCAUCUGUUGGCUAUAAUGGAAACUAUUUCAGAACGGUCAGGCUGUUCAAAUAUUUCAGCUUCAUGUACGGUAACUUGUCCCUCCACGAGGCUUUGUAUACUAGCAGAGUAGGCUGCGUCAACACUUUCUGUUAGUGCUAUUAUAGUAAUAGUAGCUAUAGUAUUUUUAUGUUAACAAUAUGCCGCUUUUCUGGCAUAAAUCUAACCUUUUUGGCCUCGAUCUGCUGGAUGGAGGAUGGAGGUUGGGUAUGAAUGAAGCAUCACUGACGUGGAGAAAAAUACAACUUGAAAGAACAUUUAAUUAUUCACAAUGUUUUGCCAAAUUUAUUAGAAGGGAGACAUUGAAAUUGGAAUUGGAGUUCUACAUUUUCCGUUUUGAACCAUUCUUUUAAUAACCACGGAACCUGCAUGCACGAUUACUCUCCAUAAGUACUGUAAUCAUUACCUUCUCAAUAUAGCUGUUCGUCCGACACAUUAAUCCACGCAUGUAGAUGCAGGAAAUCACGAGUUCCUACGCGUUGAGAUUGCAGGUGUGUAUAGCCUAAAUAUAGCCUAGUAUCACCGCCACAAGUUCUGUAUUUCUACACUGCUCAACCGAGAAAACAUGCUUUCAAGCUCUUCACGAAGUUUUUUGAGUCAGCAUCGAGAUUUUUUAUGGUAAAAAUGCUUCAAUGAGAGAGCGAACUCGCAAAAUUGUUUACACCAAGAGAGAACGUGGUUCCAUAUACAAUACCGACUUUAAUGAGAGCUGGAGCAGUGAUUUGACACCUUUUGGGCAGCAACCAUGUUCCAUUACCUGAAGCACUUCACUACAGUAGGUGAUGAGCAACACAGCACCACCCAGUGGUUGGAUGAGGAAAAGCCUGCGUCCAAUGAGGACCUAGCAGUGGUGUCAGUACCUCAGGAUCAGGAGCCCCACAAUUUCCGGGAUUCCUUGCGCGGACUGUUCAGCCAUGAGAAGUUCCAGAUUUUUGUGGUAUGCCUGGUGAUUCUGGAUGUUGGGUUCGUCCUGUGUGAACUGCUCAUGGACCUGUCAAUCAUCGAAGCAGACAACAGGCAUAUUGCCCCCCGGGUGCUCCACUACCUCAGCCUGUCUCUGCUGACCUUCUUCAUGGUGGAACUGGCAGCCAAAGUCUUUGCCUACCGGCUAGAGUUUUUCAAACACAAAUUUGAAGUGUUUGAUGGGGUGGUGGUCAUCGUGUCCUUUGUGCUGGACAUUGUGUAUGCCUCCCAUGAAGAUGCCUUUGAUGCAACGGGUCUCCUCAUCCUACUCAGGCUGUGGAGGGUGGCCAGGAUCAUCAACGGGUUACUGGUUUCUGUGAAGAAUCGCGCUGACCAUAAAAUCCAGAAGCUGAAGGAGACUAACAAAGGCCUCAUCAUUCAGAUCAAUGAGCAGCAGGAACACCGCUCUAGAGUAGAACAAGAAAACAUCAGACUGCAAACACUUUUACAACAGCAUUGCAUCAACUUCUGAUAAUCAUGGGAUAAGCUAACAAUAUUUUCAUCAUCAUCUCACCAUCUCUGCCUCUGCACUAUAAUAUUCCAAUUUUAAUCGUAUUAUUUAUUACCCUAAUUAUCAACAAUCCUGCUUGUCAACAUUGUUUUGUUAAACAAAGGAUUUGACACACAAUAAAUAAUGUUUAGCUGGUUAGUUUCACCUCUUACAUAGCCUAUAUUAAGCCUGCCUAAUCACUCAAAUAACUAAACAUUCAGUGCCCUAUUAAAAAGCUUAAUCUUAGAGACCAGUAAUAUCUGAAUAUGUAGCUGAGAUUACACACUCUCAGGGUUUAAAAUUAACAUUCACUCCAUUAUUUUACAGUGUUCAAAAUUUCCUGUUGACAAGAAUGGGACUGGUUUCAGAGCGGUCAGACUUCAUAUAUUUUGAUUACAUGUACGAUAACUCUGGUCAUGAGGCGUUGUAUCCCAGCAGAGUACUUCAGAACCUUUUUGUUAGCGCUGUUAAAGUAAAUACAGAAUUUUCUGUUUAAACAAUAUGCCGAUUUUGUGCCGCAAGCUACCCAUUUUGGCCCCUAUCUAUGUGACAGAGGCGGGAUAUGAAUGUCAAGCGUCACUGACGUGAAGAAAGAAACAACUUUAAAGAACAGUUAAUUAUUCCUGGUUCAACAUAUUUCCCAAUUUAUGAGAAAUAACAGACAGUGGAAUUUGAGGUUUACAUUUUCAGUUAUAAACCUUUUUUUUAAACCUGUGACAGGGCAUGCACGAUUACUCUCCAUAAGUACUGCAAACAUUAACUGCUAAAUAGCUGUUCACCUGACAUAGUAAUCCAAGCAUAUAAACUGCAGGAAAUCAUGAGUUCCCACACAUUAAGGUUACAGGUAUGUAGUCUCUAACUUCAGUAUUUCUACACUGCUCAACACCCAAUAAAUAAAAAUACUGUCAACCUCU